CCGGCCCCUGCACGCGUUGCCGGGCGCGCGGCCCCGGCGUGACGCGUGACGCGGCGCCGGCCGCCUGUCAUGUGACCUGCGGAGGUGCUGGGCGGGAGGCCAUGGCCGCCCCCCGCCCCCCCAGGGUGGUGCCGGGUGAAGCCUCCGAGAGCGACUCGGAGCCGGAGCUGCCGGUGGGGGCGACCAGGGGGACCCCGGGGAUAGGGCUGAAGGUGCCUGGCGAAGCCUCCGAAACAGAAGAGGAAGAGGAGGAGGAGGAGGAGGAGGAGGAAGAGAGGCCGAAGCUCCCCCCGGUGCCACCGGAGGAACCAGCAGCAGUUUGGGGGGGCAGCCGGGGGGACCCCUCGCUGCUGCAGCAGCGGCUGCGGGAGGGUUCGGGGCGGCUGCAGGGGGCGGUGGGCAGCGCCCUGCGGCAGAGCUACGGCAGCGCUGCCCGGCAUUUGGGGGGGCUGGGGGGGGCCUUGGGGCGAGCGCAAGCAACCGCCGCCGCCGCCGCCGACUGCCUGCGCCUGGCUCGCCGCGACCUGCGCGCUGUGGCCGCCGCCGUCGAGAUUGUCACCGCCUGUCGCCUCCUGCCCGACAUCCGAGGCCGGCUGCCGACCAGUGGCCCCCAGAACCCCCCCGCGGGGACACCCGUGCUUUGGUGACAUCAGUGGCGGUGGCGGCAUUGCCAAACGGCCGUGAUGGGUCCCGGCCGCCGUCGUCCCCAAGCGCCACCAUGUUGUGUGACGCAGAACUGAAUAAAGCGCUGGCGGUA